CAGUCUCUGCACGCAGCGAUUAUUAAACUAAAACCCACCCAGCACACAGCUGACUCCACACUCUCUUGAUCUCUCAUUCACCAUGGCCGAUCACAACCACCAUCGCCACCACCGUCCCCACCGCCUUUCCGUCCCUCUUCGCCCCUCCGCCACCUUCAACACCACCACUCCCACCGCCCGGUACCCUCCGUUUCCAUACCCUUCGUCGACCCCAACGUCAACGCCGUCGAAACUCCGGUCCCUUUCGUUUCCCUCCAAACCCUCCAACAAAUCUUCUCUCUCCUUUCUCUUUCUCAUUCUCUUUUCCCUUCGUUCUCUCUAUUCUCUCCUCCCUUUUCUCCGCUCUUCCCCUUCUUUCUCUCUCUUCCCUUUCACUUUCCUCGUCUCUCUUCUCUCCUUCCUUCUCUCUCUUUCUUUCACAAUCUUCUCUUACCCCUCCUCGAAACAGCAACGGUUUAGUCUUAAUUUAAAACAGCACCAAUCCGUUCUGUCUUUUUCGCUAAUCUCCCCUGCUGAGAAUAAAUUUUUAUUUACUAAAUCAUUUGUUUUGGCGCUUGUGUUUCUGCUCAGAUUUCAGGCUCUUAGAUACUGUGGCACUGCGGCGAUGAUCUUGGCUGAAUUGUCCGGUAAUGUUACCGGACGGUUUCUAGCUGAGGCUAGGAAAAAUCAGAGUUUAAAUGAUUGGAGUAAGUUCUCUAGAUUACGUGGGUUUUUGUGUUUGUUUCUUGGGUUAUUUUUGUUAUCAAUUAGUUGGGAUCGGAUUGAAUGUUUCCCGUUUUCGAGUUCUUUACGGGGUUCAUCUAUGAUUUACGGAGAGAAUUGUGUUAGAGUUUGGCCAAUGUUGUUGCCGUUUUUAGCUGGGUUUUUAGGGUGUUAUGAGAGAGUUUCAAUGAAUUGGGGAACAAUUAGGCAACUGAAUCGUAAACAGGUUAGGUUAAUUUGUUUGUUUUAUACAACAAUUUUUCUUUUUAUUCCUGCUGUUGUGAGUUGGAUUGUUUUUGAGAAGGAUGGUGAAGGUGUUUCCAUUGCAAAUUUGGCUUGGCCUUUGGCCAAUACUGUUGUGUUUGGAGUGCUUUUGAGUGAGAAUUAUAGUGAUGAGAAGCUAGUGAGUUCUACGGAUUUUCAAAGAGAGUUUCUGGUUACCUCUGUUUGUACUAUUGUCUUGGAGUUGUUUUAUUACCCUGAGCUCUCGCUUUUUGGAUUGGUGAUAUGUCUUUUGUUAUUGUAUUUUGCUAUUAGAGAAUUGGAUCCUCUUCAUUGGAAUUAUCUUCAGUUGGGGUUUGAAUCUUCGGAGUCAUUUAGUUCUUCGAUUAUGAAGCCUAUCCACCACAUUUUGAGUGAGAGGAAAUCUCGUAAGAUUGCACUUUUCCUUUUGAUUAAUACUGGUUACAUGGUUGUUGAAUUUGUUGCCGGGUUCAUGAGUAAUAGUCUUGGAUUGAUAUCGGAUGCAUGUCAUAUGCUGUUUGAUUGUGGUGCAUUGGCAAUUGGGUUAUAUGCUUCAUAUAUAUCACGUUUGCCUGCAAAUAAUCAGUUUAAUUAUGGUCGGGGGAGAUUUGAAGUUCUAUCGGGGUAUGUUAAUGCUGUCUUCCUUGUUUUGGUUGGGGCAUUAAUUGUCUUGGAGUCGUUAGAGAGGAUAUUGGAUCCUCAGGAGAUAUCAACUAAUAGUUUGUUGACUGUUUCAAUUGGAGGGCUUGUUGUGAAUGUAAUUGGUUUGAUUUUCUUUCAUGAGGAGCACCAUCAUGCCCAUGGUGGUGGCUCAUGCUCUCAUUCUCACUCCCACUCCCAUUCCCAUUCCCACUCCCAUCACGAUCACCAGCAUUCACAUGACCAUGAAGGUCAUAGCAAGCAUCAGGAAUGUAUCUCUAUCUCCCAUGGAAGUUCUGAAAAAUGUUGUUCUCUCAAAGAUGAUCAUCAUGGCAACUUUCAUGCCACUUACCAGCAUGACCAUCAUGAAGGUACUCAUAAGCAAGAGCUGCCUCGUGGACAUGCACAUGAAGACCUUUCUCAUCAACAUAACCACAAAGAACAUGCUCAUGGACAUGACCACCACGACCAUUCUCACGGACAUGACCACCACGACCAUUCUCACGAACAUGACCACCACGACCAUUCUCACGAACAUGACCACCAAGACCAUUCUCACGGACGUGACCACCAUGACUAUCAAAGCUUGCUCCAUAUUUCUUCCAGAAGUUUGCAAAAUCACUCUAAUGAGGAACCACAGAAGCAUCGCCAUCAACACAUUGACCACAAUAUGGAAGGAAUCUUCUUGCAUGUCCUGGCAGACACCAUGGGAAGUGUUGGAGUUGUUAUAUCAACUCUUCUAAUUAAGUACAAGGGAUGGCUUGUUGCUGAUCCUGCCUGCUCAAUAUUUAUAUCCGUUUUGAUUGUAUCCUCAGUUAUCCCCUUGCUUAGAAACUCUGCAGAACUUUUGCUUCAGAGAGUUCCUAGGGCUCAUGAGCUGGAUUUGAAAGAAGCUCUCAAUGAUGUUGUGAAGGUAAAGGGGGUAUGCGGCAUUCAGAACCUGCAUGUAUGGAGCUUAACAAACACGGAUGUGGUUGGGACACUUCAUCUUCAUAUCUCAAAGGAAACUGACAAGGCUUUUACGAAGGCCCAAGUGUCUCACAUAUUACAUGAUGCUGGAAUCAAGGACUUGACUUUGCAGGUGGAAUAUGUCAAGUAAUUUAUGUAGUAACUUCUGAAGUAGUGUCCGCCUUUAGA